AUGGGGAAUUCAUUUGGUUGCUCAGCUUCAGGGGAGAGGUUGGUAUCAGCAGCUAGAGAUGGAGAUUUUGUAGAAGCAAGGAUGCUGUUGGAUUUCAAUCCAUGCCUUGCAAAAUACUCUACUUUUGGUGGAUUAAACUCUCCCCUUCACUUUGCUGCGGCUAAAGGCCACAAUGAGAUUGUGGGGCUGUUGCUGGAAAAUGGAGCUGAUGUGAAUUCAAGAAAUUACUGUGGGCAGACAGCAUUGAUGCAAGCAUGCCGAUAUGGCCACUGGGAAGUUGUUCAAACACUACUUCUCUUUAGAUGCAAUGUUACAAGAGCAGAUUAUCUUAGUGGAAGGACCGCUCUCCAUUUUGCGGCGGUUAAUGGACACGUGAGGUGUUUAAGAUUAGCAGUCGCUGAUUUUGUUCCUAGCGCUCCAUUUGAAUCUGUAAAUGCUCGAACAAAUGGUGACGUUUCAAAUACUAAAAGCAAGCAUGAACAGAGUGCUCUCUCCAAGUUUGUAAAUAAGGCUGCCGACGGAGGUAUUACUGCUCUUCAUAUGGCUGCAUUGAAUGGAUAUUAUGACUGUGUACAGCUCCUACUCGAUCUUCACGCAGAUGUGUCAACAGUGACAUUCCAUUAUGGAACAUCGAUGGAUUUGAUAGGAGCCGGAAGCACUCCUUUGCACUAUGCUGCUUGUGGGGGAAAUUUGAAGUGUUGCCAGAUUCUUCUUGCAAGAGGCGCCAGUCGUUUGGCCUUAAACUGCAAUGGAUGGCUUCCUCUUGAUAUUGCAAGGAUGUGUGGCCGUCAUUGGCUUGAGCCACUGCUUUCACCUAAUUCUGACUUGACAAUCCCGAUGUUUCCACCUUCCAAUUAUUUGUCGUUGCCACUCAUUAGCGUGCUUAAUAUAGCAAGAGAGUAUGGGUUGCACUCCUCAGCAACCACUUCUGAUGAAGCUGAGAUUUGUGCUGUUUGCCUGGAGAGAGCAUGCACAGUAGCUGCUGAAGGGUGCGGCCACGAACUCUGUAUAAGAUGUGCACUCUACAUUUGUUCGACAAGUAAUAUCCCUUCUGAAUCGUUAGUUCCACCUGGUUCGAUUCCUUGUCCUUUUUGCCGACAUGGAAUUGUCGCAUUUGUGAAAUUGCCUGGUUCUUCAAGAAAGGAAAAUAACAUACCUCUAUCGCUUAGCCUGUGCACGCCAUGUAUGCUUCACCAUCGAGAACAAGACAGAUCCGAGUCCGUAGGUUCACCUGACGUAAGGAAGACUCGCUCAGAUUCUGUUUCUUCAGAUAUUUUCUGCCCAGUGACUUGUAGCCCGUUUCCUUCUGUAACAAUCCCAUUAUGCACCUGCAACGAUGGACCUUGUCCAAAUUCUGAUUCCAGAGGAAGUGAAACUCAAGAAGCAUCCCCUCGUCGUUCACAGUCCACAUCAAAUGAACAGGAAAAAAUUGAUGGAAUGAGACUGGAGAAAACGACGUGUACGAAUUAUGAACUCGACCGAGUAUUCAAUGGUUUCAAGUUUCAGGCAUCUGAUUAUAGAAGCUGGAAUAUUUCACUUCUGUUUGCUGCUGCUGCUGCUUUUUCCUCCAGUGAAAAUCAGACUAGGAAAAUCACAGAGUAUACUGAAAUUGCACAAGUUCUCUGGCAUUUUGUCUCGACUAUUCUUGGUUUAUGA